GACAGCGGGGACGCGGAAAAGGCCCGGGACGGUGGUAGUGCCAAGGGCUCCGGGGGAGCAGGCGGUGCAUGAAAACCCUCUUUCUAGAGCAUCUCCUGGUGGUACCAUCAGAAAUGUCUUCCUUGAGCGGCAAAGUCCAGACUGUUUUGGGCCUGGUGGAGCCCAGCAAACUGGGCCGCACCCUGACCCACGAACACUUGACCAUGACCUUUGACUGCUCUUACUGUCCACCUCCUCCAAGCCAUGAAGCUAUCUCCAAGGAACCGUUCGUGAUGAAAAAUUUAUUUUGGAUUCAGAAAAACCCUUAUUGCCAUAAAGAGAACCUUCAUUUGAAUGAAGAAACGGAGGCUGUAAAGGAGGAAUUGUUGUAUUUUAAAGCUCAGGGCGGAGGGGCUUUGGUGGAGAACACGACCACUGGAAUUAGCCGAGACGUGCGGACAUUGAGAUGGCUCGCAAAGCAGACUGGUGUCCAUAUCAUAGCUGGAGCUGGGUUUUAUGUGGAUGCAACUCACUCUUCCGAGACCAGAGCCAUGUCAGUGGAGCAGCUUACCGAUGUCCUUAUUCAUGAAGUUCUCCAUGGAGCUGAUGGAACUAGUAUCAAGUGUGGCGUUAUUGGAGAAAUUGGUUGCUCCUGGCCUUUGACUGAGAGUGAGAGAAAGGUUCUUCAGGCAACAGCUCACGCCCAGACCCAGCUUGGUUGUCCUGUUAUUAUCCAUCCUGGACGGAAUUCAAGUGCACCAUUCGAGAUUAUCCGAGUAUUGCAAGAAGCAGGUGCAGACAUCUCCAAAACAGUUAUGUCACACCUUGAUAGGACCCUAGUUAAUAAGAAGGAGCUACUGGAAUUUGCUCAACUUGGCUGUUACUUGGAAUACGAUCUCUUUGGUACCGAACUCCUUCAUUACCAAUUUGACCCAGACACCGACAUGCCAGAUGAUAACAAGAGAAUUAGAAGGGUGCGUCUCCUCGUGGAUGAGGGCUACGAAGAUCGAAUUCUGAUGGCCCACGACAUACACACAAAACAUCGGCUGAUGAAAUAUGGAGGUCACGGCUAUUCCCAUAUACUCACCAAUAUUGUCCCUAAAAUGUUACUUAGAGGUAUAACUGAGAAUGCACUCCAUAAGAUUCUAGUAGAAAACCCUAAGCAAUGGCUAACUUUCAAAUAGGAUGGUGGCUUAUGAAUUCAUACCUUCGAGUAUAAAACUUGCAGAGAACACUCAGUGAUUUGGAACUCACUGUGAAGUAUUAAUCAGUUUCCUAGGACAAAUGACUGAUCAUUUCCUUCUUAUGAGAAGGAGAGAGUUUGCCUUCUCUGUUAUUAUACAUCUGAACCUCUUGGGAGUUACUGAGCCUAACUGAGCCCUAUUAUUUUGCCUUAACAAAAUAAAUACAGAAGUACCUAUAUCUAAACAAUGAUUUAAAGUCUGUAUCCCUUAAGUGGCAUUGGUUUGGGUGUUUUCCUUUUUUUAAUCUCUGAGCUGCAAUACUUCAGAAAAUUUAAAGUGUUUCUAGUUAAAUUAUUCCCUUCUCAAGCAAUCUAAUGCUUCUUGUAAUAUUGAUGAUCCUACUAAUUAUCCUGCUGUUCUUUAAUUAAUGCUUGAUGAAUAAUAUGGCACUUUAAAAUAGCUUCUGCAGCAAGGGAAGUUAAAUUUUGAGCAUUUUUUUUAUUCCCCUAAAGGAUACUGUAAUACAAUUACCAAAUCACAAUGAUAAAAAUAUUUUGAAAGGUUAAUGUUUUGCUGUCCAUCUAUUUCUAUAUUCUUCUAGUAAAUCAGUUUUGAUGCCUUUGGCUUGCUGGUAAUCCAUUUUUUUUUUUUUUUGCCGUUAAUUUUGUGUUUUCCAAAGUUUGUAUAAAGAACAUAUAACAGUACUGAAUUAUAAAAAUUCAAUCAUAAUAGUCAAAAUAUAUUACAUAAUAUAGUUUAAUGAAUCAUUACAUUUAUAAUAACAAAGGCCACAAUUUAAUUAAUUGAUAAGAUAUAAUGCAAAAAAGAGAGAAAUGUUUGCCUUAUAUAUAUUCCCUUUAUUUCCUUUACCUUUUGUCUUUCCUUGGGCCUAAACAGAGAAAAAUAAUGCUUAGUUAUCUAAAGAAAAGGUCAGAUCUAUUGGAAAUGACAGCCUGAUUCUAAGGCUUACUCUUUAAAAGAUAUCCAACCCUGAUAUUUUGUGUAAAUAAAGCCUUUUUUAAGACUCUUGGUUAAAACACUUAGUUGAUGUAUACUGCCGUUUAGAAAUUAAUCUUUUGGUUGAAUCCUCCUUAUAUUAUUUGGGACCUAAAAAUCUUCUCCAAACCCUUGCUACCAAUUCCACUUUGAUAAAUAGAUAUUUUUAAAUAGAAAUAAAAUCCACUGCAAUUCAUUUAUGAGUUAUCUUACAUAUUAGAAAGGCCAGAUAGAAUGCCAUUAUUCUUGAUGAAUAGCUAGUUUUGGGUUUUUUUUUUUUUAAAUGGCUGUUUUUAAUCAUAUAAAUCAUGACAGUUGCAGAAACUAAACCAUUUAAACAGAGCAAAGAAUUCCUUCAGAUGGGAACACCAUGCAUAACUCUCAGAAAGUUGAGCUUUGCUAAAUAAAAGAUAUUUCUGCUGAUCAAAGAUGAUCAAGCUUUCUGUGUAUUAGAACAGAAAGUACCAAAGAGGAACGAGCCAUUUCAUUUAAUUCCUUUAAAUGAAAAAAUGCAAAUCUCUUACACGACUAAAACAAGCAGAUUUUUCAAUAUCUCUGCUUUUGAAAUCUCCUUGUCAAAAGAGUCUUCAAAGGCAACUGAAAGGGGAACAGAUUUUUCAUUGUAAUAGUGGAAGUUGUGUGAUAGUUAGGAGAUAUCAACAUGCAUUUUUAAUCUUUUCCUUAGAUUAAAGAGAUGGCUUUUGGCAGUGUGUUUUAACCCGAGAGAAAGGAUUUGCAUUUACUCUCAAAAUCUACUGUACUGUCAGCUUCAAUCCACCUGAGAA